GACAGAUGGAGGAGCUGCUGCUUCUCUGUGUUGUGGUCAUCUGAAUGAAUGACAACUCUACCAACAGUUCACAACGAUGAACCGUGGAGGACUUGUCUUUUUAUGUGGGUUUGGGUUUCUCCAAAUGCUGCGUGUGACUGAAGGAAGCACUGGAGGAUGCAAGUGUCCAGCGGCCAGCAUUUUGUCUACGUUUCCACCCCUGAUACCCAAUGACACUUGCUGCUUAAACUACUCAGGAUCCACAUUCAGCCAAGUGCCCUGGGCAGCUUUCUCAUCGCAGACAAAUCUGCAAGUUUUAGACUUGUCUAACUGUAAUAUCAGUCAGAUUGAAGGCGGUGAUGCUGUGGGUUCAUUGAGAGAGCUGUACCUCAGCCAGAACAGACUCACAUCUCUCCCAAAUGGCUUCCUCACUAAAGCGUAUAGUUUGGAAGUGCUGGAUUUGGGAGUGAAUAAUUUGAAGGAUUUACCCAAGCGAUUUCUCCAAAGCUCGCAUAAACUACGAGAGCUGAUCCUGGGCUGGAACCAGCUGAGCGCUCUUCCUCAUUCAUCACUAAAGCCUUCACUACAACACCUAGAGCUCAUUGGAAACCCCUUGGCCUGCACGUGUUCGCUGUGGGAAGGUCUUCGAGGUCAUCUUCAUGACAACUCCAGCAGCUUUCAGGACCUUGUAGGUAAUCUGACCUGUGCCUCUCCUCACAUUCUAGCAGGGCGGACUCUUUGGUCUUUGACGACCAGUGAUGUGUGCCACUUGGCCAACCUGACUGCUCUCUUCAUCCUGCUUCCCCUGUUCCUCCUCUUCAGCUUGGUGCUCUGCUGGUGCUGUGGCAGGAAGAAGAAGAAAGAGACCUCAUCCUUCAGUCCGACUCGCAAAAGACAUAACAACUCCCACUGCAACGGACGGUGGCCACAUGCCAAACUGCCCACCGGGGACUCUGCAGUGUCAGUGAACAGUGGAAAGGAGGUUAUACUGAGGAACCAGCUGAUGCUUCAGCCCUCGUCCAACUUGCUAGGCAGCACUCGGGAUAUUUAUGAGGAGGUGGAGAUCAAACUGGGCUCUGUGGACUCGCUUGCUCCUCCGCCAUCCACUUGUUCCACUGAAGGAACUCCAGGAAAGCAGGACCUGGACGCUGUGAGUGUAAGCGAGGUGAUGAAGGACUCUGCAGAUCGGGAGAAGGUGUACCUGACCCAGUCCACUGAAUACUACAGCCUGGUUCCCGGGAUUGAAAUUGAAGACUCAGAUCAUGGAGAAUAUGAGAGCGUGGACCUCUCGUGACACUGCAGAAAAUGGUGGGUGAAUAUACACUCUUAAAAUAAAGGUUCCAUUGGGUGGUUUCACAGAAAUGACUUGAGGGGUUUUCAAACUGGAGAAAUGUUUUCAUUCUUUCUAGAAAUAAUGGCAGAUGUAGAUAUUUGAUGCAAUUGCACGGCAGGGACUGGGAAUAAGUUUAGUUACAGGAAUUCAGAUUAGGGUCUAAUCCAGUAUGAUAGGAACUAAGGAACUAAUAGUGCAGAAAGUGUAAACAGAUGGACCUUAAUCCUGUAGGUCUACAUUUCAUCCCUAUUAUAAUGAAAACCACAUCACAAUGAUGUCCUCCAUCCUCUAGUUGUUGAUGUUACUAAGUGUCAUAGUCAGCAUAUGUCACUUAAGAGUUGCAAGGCAACCAGGAAUAUGGCCUAUGGGGAAAAAAAGUUCUCAGGGAACUGACUUAAUGGCUGGUUCUGAAAAAUGACCUGGGGCUGGUUGCACCAGCAGUGCGUAAGUUAAAAUGUAGCCUAGUUGUGACUUAAAGGGACACUUAUUUACAAUUUACGCACUACUAAAUAUUUUUUCUUGCACCAACUUUUACGUUCCAACUAAAAAUUUUACAGCCGCAUCCCCCCAUGUAUAACGGUAGAAAAGAGACGACAGCAAGAUUAAUUUAAAUUGAGGAGCUCGAGAUGAUAAUGAAGAAUAUCCCUCUACUCACAGACUUAACUACCUUUCAAAUAUCGCAUUCUUUUUUAUUGGUUAAUGAAAGAAGAGAGUUUAAUUGUUUUAUCCAUCAGAUAAAGUGAGAAUUUCUUCAUGGCUGAGUUAUUCUCACUGCUCUUUUCUUUUUCAGGUGUAGGACAUAAAAAAAUUCUCGUUUAUUGCUUUGAUAACUUCACUUGUAUUUGGCAAGCAUUCACAGCUCGUGAUGCAGAUAUAUGCAUCUGUUAUUAUUGACUGACUGUAAUUUAAUGUGCUAUAAAAAUGUGAUUUAUCAUUUCAUUUUCAUAGGACAGUUAUAUAUAGAUGCAUUAGUUGCAGAAUUAUGAAGCCGUUUUAAAAGAUUAAAUGCUUUUUAUUGGAUAUUGCGUCAUUCAAUGCGACUACUCCGGACUUUACGGAGAGCUCGUGACCUACUAACUACGGUUUGUCUUAGGAAUAUGUGGUGCAACUUAAGUGAGAACAAAUUUAGUUACAAACUAGCUUGUAGUUACUAAGCCCAUAGUGUGGACUUUACGUUCCAGUUUAAGAAAGAACUUAUGAUCAUCUGGUGCAACCUUACUCUGGUGAGUAAGAGUGUACUCACACUAGGCUAUCCGUCAAUGCCUGAGCAUGUUUGACCCCCAUUUCCCAAUUCGUGAAUGCUCUGUAUCGCGCCCCGGCGUGUUCAGUUGGCCAGCCCUGUCCCAGUCGGAAGAGGUGGGCCAGAGUAGGUUUGGACAUUGUAAGUGUGCACGAGUGCAAAACGAAGAGGUGACAUCACAUUUAAAGGACUGUUUCAUAUGAAUUUAUUACGCAUUCUUACUUUUCAAUGUACAUGAACUAUGGUUUAUCAAAGAUCAACCCCCCUCGCUGCACUUCAGCUGCCACCUUCAGCAAACCUCCUAAUACAUGCAGGACAAUGACAUUUAUGAAAAAUUAUGAGUGUCAAAAAGUGGUGUCACUGCGUCCCAAACAUCUCAAAAUAACACAGCACACUCAGGCUCGGUUGAGAGGGGUCUGGAUGCAGAAUUGGUGGAGUUGCAAGGUGAGCUGUAUCCAAUGCUUUUAAUGGGCACACCUAACCAGCUCCAUUGAGUGCAUUGUGCCUGACGUUGCAUCUGUCAGUUUGCAAAUCCAGGUCUGCAUCCAUAUACUAUUAGCUCGGUUGGUAAAAAUGCAAUGUGAGUGCAGGCCUCAUAGGAACUCAGAUAUAGAGAGAACAUUUUUUUUUCCUCUGGCUAUUUUCCUGGUUGCAUUCAUGGCAUUAAUAGGAACUGUAAAGUAACAAAAGGUCCCCAACAAUAACAUCAAGCCCUGCAUUCAACAGAAUUAACUACUGCAGGAUGGAGGAUGCAGUAAUCAGAGCUGUGUUUUCAUCAUGUGUCAAGAUAACAGAGAUGGAAUGUAGAUCUAUAAAUUAUGCAACAGAGAGCAAAAAUGAGUGGUCAAGAAAAAAGAAAAAAUGCACAGAAAACACCACAGACAAAGGAAACAUUUAAACACAGCAAACAUUUGUUUUCCCAAAUAUGUAUAUAUCCUGUAACACUAAAAUACUGUGCCAGUGUUUUGUGAGCUUACAUCACUGUAUAGUUCCUAUUUAUCUGAAUCAUGGAUUAUAUAAUGUAUUUUCGGAACGGGAUCUACACUUAUGUUAGUCUGUAUUUCAUUAUCCCGAGGUCUCCAUAAUCCUAGACCAGGCCGUAUCCUGAGCAGAUGCUGUGGUGGUCGUGGAGGAGUGGAGAGCAUGAGACUGAUUCCUGAAAUUUGAUUAUACCCUACUCUGAAGUAGGAGCUAAUUUAGUUCCCCCAAAAGUUGUUUCUAUAACUAACCAGUCUCAGUUCCGAGCACACCAAAAUUGGCUUCCAUCAAUAGUUCAGUUAGUUACAAAAGCCCUUAAAAAAUUGGUUCUUUUAAGAACUAGACACUCACAUGUUCUGCUUGAAACCCCAGAUGCUGGUAAAGAACCUUUAUUUUUAAGAGUGUACCCAAAGAUGCUAAUAAGUACACUGGAGUUUUACGCCUAUGUUGAACUGGACCACUGGCCAUGAUGUUUUCCAUGAUGCUGGUAAUAGAGGAAGUCAAUGCGCCAGUGUGAAGCCUUUACCUUUGCAUACAACAUAAAUGAAAUAUUGUACUGAUAAAGUGUCAAACAGAACUGUUUGCAGACUCAAACAGUCUGUUGCCAAGAUAAGCUAUCAUAUAGCUGUCGCCUGGAUAUUUUCAUAAUAUUAAGAUUUUUAUAUCCUCUCCAUCUACUGAUUUAUAGACAGACCGGAUGUUUUUACUAUUGUAAGAUUACUUUGUGUUUCACAUUCAUUUACAGUGUUUAGUGUCGAUGUAUGGUGUAUUUGGUGUCAAAUAUCUCAAAUAGCAAUUUCUGAAGCGCUAGUAGAAAGAAAGAAAGGUCACACUUUAUUUUGAUGGUCCGUUUGUUGAAUUUAGGUUACAUUGCAUCUGCAUGCCAACUAAUUCUCAAUAGAAUACAAGUAGACUGUUAGGUUGGGGUUAGGGUUAGUGUAAGUUGACAUGUACUUGCAAAGUGUCUUAAAGUCAAUUAACCCUCUUCUGCACGCAUUAUGAUAAAUCUAUUAAAAAUAUAUAUUUUUUAAGGUACUUUAUGAUUUGUUGCCAUAUGGCAACAACGUCCAA